AUGUUAAGUGCUCUCACCACUUUCGCCUUACUAGGCUCGUUAGUUACUGCUAUUCCUCAAGUUACUAAGAGGGAUUCGGGAACAUAUGCCAACUGUCGAACUUUCUACUCUGAUGUCUAUGCGCAGACAACUCAGAACAUCGACUUGGCUUCUGUCAUCGGUGCACCCCCUGCGAAUCAACAAGCUUUAGUCGAGUCUUCGAUCGAACAAUUCGCAGCUGGAUCAACAGUAAUGCAACAGAUCAUGGCCGCACCCAAGAUCCCAGUCAACGGAUCAUACAAUCUAUGGUUUGAAUAUUGUGAACCUAAGAACGGGAAUGCAACUGGUAUCUUCCAAACCCAUCAUGGUAUAGUUGGUAAUGCCGGUUACUGGAAUGUUCAAUUGGAUAACUCUCCCAAUAACUCUUUCGCUGAAAGUGCCGCGGCAGCAGGAUGGGCUACGUUGUCCUAUGACAGAUUAGGUGUGGGUAGAUCAGCCAAACCUGACGGAACGAAUAUCGUUCAAAUUUCAUACGAGAUUGCCCAAUCGAUUUCCAUUGCUGAAUCACUGCGAUCUGGAAAUUUAAGUGAUCUAGGUCAAUUCAACAAGAUCGUCGGCGUUGGUCAUUCAUAUGGAUCGAACCUUUUAACUGGAGUAGCAUCAGUCUCACCUUCUGCAUUUGACGGACUGGUCUUGACUGGAUUCACCAAUAACGCAACUACAGGUCCACUAGGAUUAUUCUCAUUCCAAUCAACAAUCGCAAAUGUCGCUUAUCCAAGUCGAUUCGCAAGUGAAAAGAAUGAUUAUGUUAUCACGCCAAACGUUUACGUAGAUCAAACUGGCUUCUUCCAUUAUCCAAAUUACACAAAUAGUUCUUUACAGAUGUUCACGAUGAACAAAGGAGAAUACACUUUGGGUCAACAGAACACGAUCUCUGCUCCUUUACAACUCAUGAACAACUACACUUCCCCAGUAUUCGUCGUUACAGGUCAAAAUGACGCACCAUAUUGCGCUGCAAACUGUUACUCCACUUCGUCCACUUCUUCAAACUCUACUUCUUCUGGAAACUCUACCAGCAUGCCAUCUCAAUUAGAUACCGCCAAGACUCUUUUCCCAAGUGCAUCAGCUUUCGAAACUUAUGUUGUUCCAGACACUGCUCACGGUAUCAACUACCACACCACAGCUUAUCAAGCUUAUCUACAAAUCAUCUCCUUCGUUCAGAACCAAAUGAUCUAA